AUGAGUAACACGCAACCACUCUCCCACACCCCACACACCGGCCUCACCGACUCCACCCACAACAGCACCAGCACCAGCAGUUCCGCUGAACGCUACCGCCUAGACGAUGCCGACACCCGGCCGGUAUUAGUAUAUAGAUACCGCGGCGCCUUGAAGACGAGUACACAAAAGGAGAUCUGCGCGGAAUUGGAUAAAGACGACUCCCUCCGCUGCACCCACAAACCCAUUCCCCGCGGAACCUCCUACCUCGACGUCCGCCGCCACGACCUCUACCUCCCUUCCGAACGGGAAGAGUACGCGCAAUUCCCCAACUUCGACUCCUCGCUCGCCUCCAUCAAAGUGCCGCUGAUGGCGUACGUGAGUCGGAUGGUGUUGGGGACGUAUGAUGCAUUGUAUAUUGUUUCGCCGGAGACGACGCCGAAUGCGAGUUUGGAGGGGAGUCGGCGGGUGAGUCCGAGUAGUAGUUGGGGUUCUUCGGAGGGGAGGGAAGUGGGUGAGGAGAUGUGA